AUGUCCACCUCAGCAACAUCAGUUAAGCUUGUUCUUCUUGGUGACAGUGGUGUCGGCAAAACAUCAAUUGCCACACAAUACAUCUCAGGCAAAGCACCACAAAGUGUUAAACCAACAAUCGGAGCUGCUUUCGUUACGAAAAGUAUCGUUGUUGAUGGCCAGCCAGUUGAAUUAUUGAUUUGGGAUACAGCUGGACAAGAAGUUUAUCGUGGCCUUGCUCCAAUGUACUAUCGCAGUGCCCUUAUCGCAAUUGUUGUUUUCGAUAUCACCCGCCAACAAUCUUACGAUUCCGUUUCAUACUGGAUUAAUGAGCUUAAGGCUAAUGCUGACAGCCGUACUAUCAUCGUUGUUUGCGCAAACAAAACUGAUCUUGAAGACCAGCGCGCUGUUGUUGAAGUCACAGCUCAGGAGUUCGCAGAGUCUCAUGGUGCCCUCUACGCUGCAACUAGCGCUACUACAGGCUCUGGAAUUGAUCGUAUGUUCCAGAUGGCUGUUGGAAAGUUGAUGAAGGAUCAGGCUGGAGAACCAGUCAACCAAAAUGGCAAGCAGGGUGGUGGCGUCGCUCUUAGAGAAGAACAGAAUACUAAGAAAGGCUGCUGCUAA